UAGUGUCCGCGGGCUUUACCUCCCGUCUCCCGGUACACAGGCCGCAGAAUGUCAGAGGAGGACAAGCCCGGGCUACGGCCGCAGACCAUAAGCCCCAUCAAGAACUUCUUCGCCGGUGGUUUCGGCGGGGUGUGCCUGGUGUUCGCCGGUCACCCGCUGGACACCAUCAAAGUGCGGUUACAGACACAGCCGAAGCCCCUACCUGGCCAGCCUCCCAAAUUCAAAGGGACUUUUGACUGCUUCCGCAAGACUCUGGUGGGAGAGGGUGUGAAAGGUUUGUACAAGGGAAUGGCUGCCCCGAUUAUUGGUGUUACUCCAAUGUUUGCUGUCUGCUUCUUUGGCUUUGGUUUGGGCAAAAAACUACAACAGAAACAUCCGGAAGAUGUCCUCACAUAUCCACAGCUGUUUGCUGCAGGAAUGCUCUCUGGGGUGUUUACCACUGCCAUCAUGGCACCAGGAGAAAGGAUCAAGUGUCUUCUGCAGAUUCAAGCGACAUCUGGUGAGAUGAAGUAUGCUGGCCCAGUGGAUUGUGCAAAACAGAUCUAUAGGACAAUGGGCAUUCGGGGCAUCUACAAGGGAACAGCCCUCACCCUUAUGAGAGAUGUCCCUGCAAGUGGAAUGUACUUCAUGACAUACGAGUGGCUGAAAUAUUCACUUACUCCAGAAGGACAAAGGAUGAAUAUCGAGAUCCCGCCCGGCCUCACCGACCUGCUGCAGGGCUACACCGUGGAGGUGCUCCGGCACCGGCCCGCCGACUUGGUCGAGUUCGCCAUCCAGUACUUCACCCGGCUGAAGGAGAAGGAGGAGCAGGCCGAGGGCCGGCGGCCCAGCGUUGCUGAUGCCGAUGCCGAUGCAGAUGCCAUGCAGACCGAGUCCAACGGGGACAACGGCGACACCGACACCGAAACCGAGAGCGAGUCCGACUUUGAAGAACCAGUUAUUAACAGAUUAAGCAGAAGAGUUUCAGUUUGUGCAGAAGCUUUUAACCCAGAUGAAGAUGAUGAGGAUGAUAUGGAGCCCAGGGUGGUUUAUCCAAAGACAGAUGAUCAGCGAUCUAGAUUGCAGGAGGCCUGUAAGGAUAUUGUUCUCUUCAAAAAUCUUGACCAGGAACAAAUAUAUGAAAUUCUUGAUGCAAUGUUCGAGAGGAAAGUUGAACCAUCAGAGCAUGUCAUUGACCAAGAUGAUGAUGGAGACAAUUUCUAUGUAAUUGAACGAGGUACAUAUGAUAUAUAUGUAAAUAAGGGUGGGCAGCCUCAGCUUGUUGGCAAAUAUGACAAUCACGGCAGCUUUGGUGAGCUGGCACUCAUGUACAACACUCCAAGGGCUGCUACUAUCAUCGCUACCACGGAUGGAGCUCUUUGGGGGCUGGACCGUGUCACGUUUCGGCGAAUAAUUGUGAAAAACAAUGCAAAGAAGAGGAAGAUGUAUGAAUCAUUCGUUGAAUCGGUUCCCCUGUUGAAAUCACUGGAGCUUUCAGAAAGAAUGAAGAUUGUUGACGUAAUAGGAGAGAGAUCAUAUCACGAUAAUGAACUUAUCAUUAAACAGGGAGAUAAGGCAGACUGCUUCUACAUUGUAGAAUCGGGUGAAGUGAAGAUCAUGAUCAAGAGCAAGACGCUGGCGGAUCAAGAGGGCAAUGCGGAGGUGGAAAUUGCCAGAUGUGUGAAGGGGCACUAUUUUGGCGAACUGGCACUGGUGACCAACAAACCUAGAGCAGCUUCAGCAUAUGCAGUUGGAGAUGUCAAAUGCUUAGUGAUGGAUAUCCAAGCAUUUGAACGGUUGUUAGGCCCUUGCAUGGACAUCAUGAAGAGAAAUAUAGUGAAUUAUGAAGAGCAACUAGUCGCCUUGUUUGGUACCAGUUUGGACUUGGAGAAUCCUGGUUUAUAGGCACUAUGUUAUCCAGUGCCUUUUCAGUUUGAUGGAAGCAAAGCGAAAAAUACCCAUAAACACACAAAAAACCCACAGAGGAAAAAAAAGAGCAGUAAAUGAGCAAAACAGCAUUUUCUGCCUCUUUCCAUGCCGUGGGGCAACCACUAUGAUGAAAUACAUUACCACCCAGCCAGGGAUGGGAAAAUGUAUGGCAAAUGUUCUGUUUUACUUUUGUUAUCUGCCUUCUUCAUUUCACAGCAUAUUCUGUAUCUUGGGCUGAUCUUCUUCCAAAAACAGAAAAAAAUUGUUGAUUUAUGAAUUAUCAAACUGAACCACAAAGACAAAUACUAAAUGUAAUUUUUGAUAAGAUGAAAUGAGCAGAUUCUGUGUUUCUUUGUUACUUAUAUACGUAGGUGACCAGUUCUUGCCAAAAAAAAUACCUAAAAAAAAGAUAAUGGUUGUUGUAAAGCUUUGAUUGUUUCUGUGGUUUCACCACUGGGUGUUACUUUGAAAAGUAUUUGGAUAGGUUUAAUGUUUCAUAUAAAAUUGACUUCUUUAAAGUUCCUUGAAUUAUGUUGAAUAGACUACCAAAGUUGCUUCGAUUCAAGAGGUUUUUGAAAUGAAAAGUUGUGCAUCUGUGGUGGAUUUUCAGUAUAAUAUUGUUUCACAGUACGAAACAAUAGAUAAGUCGGGUGAAACGUGUGAUGGUGGGUAUAUAAAAAAGACCACUCAUACAAUUAUAAGAGUUCUGUUGUUGGGUUUGUCUCCUUUCUUUUUACUCUGUGCAGUACCAAACAGACGUAUUGGAACAACGAUGCUGUUCCCUUAAGUGUCAAAUCAUUGCAUAAAAAUGGCACUUAACAUACCUUCUUCCCCUUUUGUUGUGCUCUUGUAAUGGGUGAGUUGGAAUAUGUGUUUUCUUUAGACAUUUGAGCUUUCUUGGGUUCACAAUGUUAAUGCUACAUGGGCACCCCAAGGUACUGGUGUAUGCUGAGACUGUUACCAAAAAUAGAUGUAAAAUUUUGUGUCUCUUUUAGUUUCCAUCUUGUUGCUUUUUCUGAUAUCCCCAUUCCCUAAUAUUCAGAUCAGAACUUGGUUAGAGAUAUUUUCAAUUCACUUGUUUGUUCAGGAAUUGGCAGGCUUGUGGCUUGAAAGUCAUCACUGCCCAGUUUUUUUACCCCAUCACCAGCAAAUCCAUUCCCACUCCACGUCCAAAACACUCCUUGACCUUGCGCUGCUCCCUUCAGAGAAGUGCUGAGCAGUUUGAUAGAGGUUUGCAUUGAAGAGUCAUAGAUGUUAGCUCAUCAGUGCUUGAGAGAUAUGACAUGAUAAGCUGUUCAAGCUGAAGGUUUGACGUAGGGGCAGAUUCACUCAGAAUUUUGUCCCACAGUACAGAUAUAUCACAGCCAUUGAAUCAUUAUUGGCCUCGGCUUAAGAGUUUUAUAAUGAAUUUGUAACUAUACAUAGUGAGGUGAAUAAAGUCAUCAUUUUAUCCUGGAUUCAACAAUAUCUGAAACCCAGGUCCAAAGGUGCAGAAAUGUUUGAUUAAGGGCAUAUUUAUUUUUAGUGUAUAUUUCCUUCCAUAAAUCUGUGGUGUGCCCUUGAAUAAAUUUAACAUACCAACCAUCUGUGUUUUUCUUACUGGACCACAUGCGUGAGAUGUAGUUGCUUGUUGUCCAUGCAGAAAUACUGGUAAGUAUACUAAAAGGAGGCAAAAUCUUCUAGUAUCCUUUCUUAUUCCUUGUCAGAAUGGCCUUGGGUUUUAUUCUGCAGUCCCAACUGGAUUUGUUUUUCUGAGAUAUUUCAUGCAGGAUGUGAUUGAAGGGCUCAUCACCCCUUGGUUUCACUUUGAUUGGUGUCCUGCUGACAACAGAACUGCAGUUGAAGGCAGAAUUGCACUUAGCAAGUAGAAAACUCCUAUUGGGCUCCACUCUCCAGUGAAAAAUUGCCACAGAGUGAGGUACAGAAGGUCAAUGGAUGCCUGUGGAAUCUGCAAAGUUGUUGUUCUUGUCAGGUUUAUGAAGGGGGUGCAAAUUGGGCAGGAAAAGUUAGAAAAGGACUUGAGUAUUCUUUGUCAAGUCAGUUUAUUUGUAUUUUUUUAGUUUUGAAUUAUUAUUUCAACCAGCAUGCACUUGCUGUCUUUCCUGCUGUUGGUCAACACCAGGACUUGCAUGCUACCCGAGAGCCAAGUGCAGCUUUCUGUGGAUAUUGAAGAUCAGCUGUCUAGCAUUUGUUUUCUGUAAGCUGCAGCUUGUCCAUGCUACAGCAGCUCAUAAAGGCCAGCCGCUGAUUUGAAAGUAUGCUUCUUUCUCAGGAGGAGGUUGACAUAAGGUAUUUAAUAUCUUUAACUACGUAUUUUAUUUUAAGGCCAAAGUCUUAGCAAGUUUACUGUCUGAGACCAACUGUAAGGACGAAACAUCAGAGUAGAAGUAACAAACUUAAAAAAGUGACAGUUCAGUGGUAGCUAAGUCCCUUAAAUAAACUUUGCAAAUGGUUGAUGAGGAUGGCAUCAAUAUUUUGUCCCUCACCUCAGCACUCUCAAACUUUUUGUUGCAGCAAUGAGCUGUAUUGCGUGACAUUUCGUUCACAUGUCAUGUUCUGUUCAGAUUUGGAUCCAUGAUGCUGCCUGGGAUUGUCAUAAUUUUAAUGUUGCAUUAAGAAUCCUACCUGCAGGCUGAGAAUAAACGGGGAAGACAUAAAACAAGUACAGAACUUUUGCUACUUAGGAAGCUGGGUGACAUCAGAUGGCAGGUGUAAAAUGGACAUCAAAAGAAGAAUAGGGAUGGCAAAAGACACCUUUACGAGAAUGAAGAGUAUAAUGACUAAUACUCAACUAGGCAUGACAACCCACCUCAGAGUACUGAAAUGUUACGUUUAUCCAGUUAUAUGGCUCAGAAUGGUGGACAAUAUCUAGUAACAUGAGGAAACGAAUUGAAGCAGCAGAGAUGUGGUUUUUGAGGAGGAUGCAAAGAAUAUCAUGGACGAAACGAAUAUCUAACGAGGAUGUCAUGAACAGAGCAAACACAAAAAGAGAAAUAAUGUAUGAGAUCAUGAAAGGCAACAUAACUUCAUUGGACACGUGAUUAGGAAAGAGGAGUUGGAAUGCACGAUAAUUAUGGGAAAGAUUGAAGGGAAGAAAGCAAAAGGAAGGCAAAGACAAAUGAUGAUGGAGACAGCAGCCAGAGAACUGGAAAUGAAUACCAAUGAAUUGAUCCACUUGACCCGAAACAGGAGUGUGUGGGACAUGGCAGUCAAAUCUUAAACUGGGCAUGGCACCUGAUGAUAAUGAUUAAGCAUCUGGUUUCUGCCAUCCUUGUUUCCAUGCUUCACUUUAAUUUGAGAUCCAUUUGAAAGCCAUUUGUCUUCAGAUUUUUACAGCUUAUAAUACAACCGCUAAUAUUCAACGCUCAAAAAAAAGAACAGAAAGAUAUUAUAAACGUGAGAGCACCUUAUACUCUGAGUGGAUAGCCUCCAACCUGAUGGCAUGAAUAUCAAUUUCUCCUUUCGAUUUAAAACAAAAUUCCCUCCCCCUCCCCUCUUCUAUUCUCCACUCUAUUCACCUUCCCCUCACCCCACAUUUUACUCUGGCAUCUUACCACUUCCUUUUCAGUCCUGGUGAAGGGUCUCGGCCUGAAAUGUCAACAGUUUAUUCAUUUUCAUAGAUGCUGCCUAACCUGUUGAGUUCCUCCAGCAUUUUGCUUGUGUUGCUACAGAAACUUACUAGUUUUGAUUGUAUACCAGUCCAUACUGGACACAGUUCAAUCUUUUUGAUUUUUAAGAUCUUGACUAUGUAUUGAAUAACAUUCCAAAAGAAUUCUUAGAGUAGAGGCCUUACUUGAAGAUGAUAGGAUGGGUUAGUUGCCUUUGAAAGAGGAAUUGUUUUGCAUAGAAUCUUUACAGCCUUUCGAAAACUUCUAAGAGCUAGGUGUUGCUGUGACUGCACGAUCCUUUGGGCUGAGGACUGCCCUACUUUUCAUAUCCAGAGGUACAUUUUCAGUGACACUUGACUUUUAGAACUGUAUUUAAGUGAGCUCUGAAUGAGAGUUCUGGUUAGAUAAUAGUAAUGAUACAUCACAGCUGAGCUCAGUCCUGUCUCUUUUCAUUUAUCUACAGGGUCACAUUUUCUAUCUGAAAUGGUUUUGCCUUAUUAACAAUGAUAAGUUGAGCUAAAAUUGUUUAUCUUUCCAGCCGCAGAAUCAGUUCCCUCAAAUACAGUUGUGGUAUUGCAGUUGUUAGGAAUUUACAUGUUUUACUAUUUAUAUUCCUGAUCUAUAAUGAAUCUCUCAAGUGUAAAACCUGCAGGAAAAUUGUACUUUAAAUACCUGUAGUUAAGGUGAGAUGCUGCACUGCAUAUUAUUUAUGUGCUUCAUUAGGAUUUUCCUGCCCAUUGCCAAUAAUGUUUGAACCCUCUGGGCCAAAUAUACAAAACCUGCAGCAUUGUGAUUCUAAUGGAAAGUAUUGGAAUAGUUGUUCACAACAGCAAGUGUGACCAAUGAAAGUGGUAAAAUUUCUAGACUCCAUACAACUGCAAGCCAAAAUGCACCCUCAUUUUUUCUUCCAAAUUUUAGUACCACAUGACACAUCUGUGAACCCCAUCCUACUGAUAUGAUGUUCCAAUUUUUCAGAGUAUUUAGUCUCAUUUCGUAUCAACAGGUUUCAAAUUUCACAUUACCAAUAUGAUAAAUUAAGUGCAUCUUAAUGCACACCACGAAUUUCUGUCCCCUCUAACAAUAUACUACUGAAAGUCUAUGCACCUUGCCUCGAGUCACUUAUGUAAUACCAAAACAACACAGACAGAAUGCUGGAGGAGCUCAUCGGUCAGGCAGCAUUUAUGGAAAUGAACAGAUAGUUGACGUUUCGGAGCUGGGCUUAAAUUGGGGAUUGUUGGGUGGCGCGGCUCAGAGGGCCAUCCGUAGAUGCCGCCUUGAAAUGUCGACUAUCCAUCUCCAUCGACGCUGCCUAACCUGCUGAGUUCUGGCAUUUUGUGUGUGUUGCUUUGGAUUUCCAGCACCUGCAGAAUCUCUCGUGGUUAUGUUACACCAAGUGCUUUUGUUUUGUAAUCCAUGUUCUUUAAUACAUAGUUCAGUAUUCUUAAUAAACCUUCAUAGAAUUUUAUAUGAUUAAUGAGCCACUGGCUGACUUCUCAACAAUCAGUUUUAUCUGAUCCUAAUUAAACCUGCUUUUCCCAAUUGUUUAUCCACUUUAUAUUCUAAUGCUGGCUAGCAUAUCCAUAACAAUUCUCCAUAAAAAAGGCCCUGAAACAGAAUAAUCUGUAUCAAUGAACACACUAUAUAGUACAAAGAUUGAGUGUUUUUUUAAAAAAUCAUAACAUGAUUAGAAGCAUUUGAUCUCAUUUACCCUUUAAUCUGUUUCUGUCUUGGGCUUCACUGUGAUGGACUAAGCUGCCAUUUGAACUAACCUGCCUCAUGAGAUGACUGCCUUGUUAUCAACUUUUACUCUUGUUACAAGUUUCCUUAGUGGGAGGGGGGUUAUAAAGAUGAAUUUAUAUUGAUUGCAAUAUUUUUACUUCAAAACAUUUGCAUUCAGAUCUUCUAUUCCUCUCAUAUUCUAAUGUUGGCUACCAUAUCAAUAACAACUUUGUAAAACAUUCUCACUGAAAAGUCACUGAAAGGUUUGGAUUGUACUUGUACUGUCCCACUUCACUAGUAAAAUAUUUGAUUACUAGGGUUGACUGAUUGUGGAGAAUAUUUCAUGUUUAACUUGGAUUGAGAGUCGUAGGUUUCAUCUGUGAAAUGUUUUGUUACUGUUCAAUGCAAUGGUGUAACAUAGGAAUAGUAGACAAUGACUAGAACCUGUCUGCCUUUGUCUAAGUUCGACCAUAAGACAUAGGAGCAGAAUUCAGCCAUUCAGUCCACAAAGGCUGCUCUGCCAUUCCACUGUGGCUGAUUUAUUAUCCCUCUCAACCCCAUUUUCCUGCCCUAUACCCUCACUAAUCAAGAACCUAUCCACCUCAACCCUCUGGCUAAAGAAAUUCCUUCUCAUCUCUGUUCUAAAGGGCAUCCUUCUAUUCUGAGGCUGUGCCCUCUGGUCCUAGACUCACCCACUAUAGGAAACAUCCUCUUCACAUCCAUUCUAUCGAGGUCUUUCAAUAUUUAAUAGGUUUCAUGAGAUUCCCCCUUAUUCUUCUAAACUCCGGGGAGUACAGGUCCAGAGCCAUCAAACACUCCUAGAGGCUGAUCUGAAAUGCUCAUUAGAUACUCAGGCACCAAAAGAAGUAGAGAAAAUAAGGAUAGAUGAAGCAUUUCAUUAGCAUUGUUAAUGGAAUUUUGUAUUUUUACUGUUUCAAUUACUUUUGACAGGAAAUGCAUUCCAUGGAAGGUAAAGUCAAGACUAAUGUACAGUAGUAAACCGAGAGUCCAUAACCUUGAGCAGACUUCAAAUUUUUAAAAAUUUUAUUUAGAUAUACAGCGUAGAAUGGACCCUUCCAGCCCUUUGAGCCGCGCCACCCAACAAACCCCAGUUUAACUCUGGCCUAAUCAUGAAACAAUUUACAAUGACCAAUUACCCUACUGACUGGUACGUCUUUGGACUGUGGGAAGAGACCAGAGCAUCUGGAGAAAACCCACGCAUUCCCUGGGGAGGAUGUUCAGACUCCUUACAGGUGAUGUUGGAAUUGAACAUUUCCACCUGUUCAGAACUGCUAUUUCUGUUUGCUGUUGACACUUUGCUGAAUUUUACCAUGUUCCCCCUCACCCAUGUGGGGAAGAAAUCUUUACAGCAAAAUGUCAGAUCAGAGCUUUGGUAAAAUCAAUUUUAAGAGAGUUUAUUUACAUUGGGAAAUAAAAUCCUCUGUUGUAUAGAGGUGCAGCAUUCCUCUUUCUAUAAUAUGUGUAAUUUACUGACUUUUGCACAUUGUGCUCUGUUUGGUAAUGGGGUAAAUUGUUUAAAAGAACAGGGAAUCUGCCCUCUGUGGAACGUUGCUUCUACUGCAUUGCUUGCUUAAACCUUCCUGAUGAUUCAAAUAAACAGGACAAAUUCUCAGAUUCUCUGAAUAUUUGGUAUAUUAUUCUAUUUACAGUGGACUAAAAUAACUUGCAACCUUUCCCUCAAAGGGGAAAACUAAUACCAGAUAGCACACGCAAACUGGCUGAUUUUAUGUCAUAAGAUUAAUCCUGAAAGUGGGCCACUUUGCAAAAGAAAAUGCAGUGACUCAAUGGUCAUCAGAAACGCCAUUUUAAGAUGGCAUCCAUCAUGGUUUUGGCUGUUGGCGACUAUCCUGCUUAAACUCUGCCCCUGCCUUGCCUCAAAGGUCUGUUGCAUGUUGACAGUGCAGCUCUGUUACGUGUGUGCUAGAGUUUCAGGUAUCUGUAUUUGCCAUCCAAUGUUUCUGCCACUGGAAUCUGCGGGCAUGUGGGAUGGUUUGUCUUCUGUUCCGAGCAUUGGCCUCCCUCUAGCCAAGGAAUGCUUCUGUAAUCACCUUUUUUCUUUCUUAAAGCUCCCUUCCACCCAUUCUUUUUGGGGAAUUGAAAGAUUGUUCUUUACUAAGACUAUUUCGUUGAAAAUAAAAAAAAAAUUCUAUCAGUGUGGUGUUUUAUUGA